AUAUACAUAUCACAUCGCCCAUCGUCUCUCUCACGCACACACAUCACAACACUCAUACACACAUACAUACAUAUUAUAUACACACACCAGCACAAGAAUAAUGCCCUCUGCGUGUACACAGCCGGUUGGCUGCCAUGAAGUCAGAUACAUUCCGCUGUCAUACAAUCAUGCUGACUCGCAGGCAUCGGCUUUGAGGCUCGUCUUGACGCUCAACCCGCACUGGAAGGAUGCUCAAGGUAGGAUUGAGUUUGUUCGCUUCACGGAUGGGAUCACCAAUACGCUGUUGAAAAUCAUCCUGAGGGCUCCUGACCUGUCUGAGGAAGAGAUUGAUAAAGAGGCUGUGUUGAUGCGAGCAUAUGGAAAUAAUUCUGAAAUCAUCAUAGACAGAGAACGGGAGACAAAAUCCCAUGCCCUUCUCGCUUCUCGAGGCCUUGCUCCUCCUCUCCUCGCCCGGUUCGCCAACGGACUCUUAUACCGAUUUGUCCGUGGACAAGCAGCUUCUCCUGACGAUCUCACCAAGCCUGCCAUUUGGCGCGGAGUUGCUCGUAGACUUGGCCAAUGGCAUGCUGCUCUGCCCAUCAGUGAUGCGCCCUCCGAUGCACCCUCACCGGGGACUCGGGACGGCGAUUCCCUCUCUCUAGGCUCCAGUGACUCCGAGAUCAAACCGGUUCAGGAAUCAACCGCCGUCGAAGAUGACAUCACACCAAUCAACACUCGUUUCGAGGGGCCAAACCUCUGGGCAACGCUCCAGAACUGGAUCCUUGCAUUGCCAAAGAGCACGGGCCAGGAACGGACCCGACGAAAGAACCUUCAGAAGGAGUAUGAAAGAAUACUUUCUGAGUUUGAUGAUGGAUCUGGCCUAGGUGAAGAAGGAAUGGUCUUUGCCCACUGUGACCUAUUGAGUGCCAACGUCAUCAUCCAGCCUCGACCAAAGGAGUCUACUCUUGCGGAUGGCGCCGCUGAAACCGUCGAUUUCAUUGACUAUGAGUACGCUAUUCCGUCGCCGGCUGCGUUUGAGCUAGCCAACCAUUUUGCUGAGUGGGCCGGCUAUGACUGCAACUUCUCGAGGCUACCAACUCGAUCUAUUCGCCGAAGUUUUCUAGAGGAAUACGUCGAUAGUUUCGCCCAGCACAGAGAGCUCCCUGAGUCCAAGCAGAAGACUGUCGACAGCCUUUUCGCUGACGUUGAUCGCUAUCGUGGUCUUCCUGGCUUUUACUGGGGCGUCUGGGCUUUAAUUCAAGCAACUAUCUCCAGAAUUGACUUUGACUACGCCUCUUACGCUGAGCAGCGUCUCGCAGAGUACUGGGCCUGGAGGCAUGAGCAAGACGGCUCUCGCUCAAAGGCCGGCGAGAAAAUGCCUCUUCGCGAGCAGCGCUGGGCCCAAGAGGCGUAAUCACUUCAUUCCGACUUUCCUUUCUUCCCUCCCUUGCCCUCUUUACUUCUGCCGCUCUCAUUUAUGGGCUACUAUCCGAAACAGCUUACCGCUUUUUCAGAUCUGACUUGCUUGACCUCCCGAUGGUACUCGUUGUUUGACCUUGACAGUCUCUGCGGUACGUCCUGUUCCACUUAUUACAUCUUCUACCUUAUUAGCGCCCACCCCUAUUUUUGGCCUCUUCUUCUGCUUUAUCUAUUCAUUUAAUGUUUCAUCUACGGGACCUUCCAUUGCCUGGACAAAUCAUUCGACCACGAGGCAAUACUGUACUCUUCCGACGACUGUUUCAGCCACACAACAUAGUUUCUCUACCGUUUAGACAGCAGAUAGCAGAGUUAUACAGGCGCCACGAGGUUAUCUGGUUAUCUUAGCUAGCUUAUAUUACACAUAGAGUAACAAGCCAGUUAGCUGAAGCAAAAAUACAGUCCGUGCUAAUAAUAAGAGACCGCAAAGCUACUCCGCACAAAAGAUUAAAGAGGUAGAUGUCUUGAAAUUGACCGA